UCGAGGGUGUCAAGGUGUUUUGUUUUAAUAAAAAAUUUUAUUUCUGAAUAUAUGGUGUAGUGGGUAGUGUUUGUGUCCGUAGGGGUAGGGGUCGUGGGUUCGAACCAGUUUGGUAGUCAUUAAUUUUUAUUUUAUUUUCCUUUAUUUUCCAAGUGUUAUUUCGACUUUGGUCUCGUUCUAAAAAAUUCCCAGCAUUAUACACUCUCCUAUCUAUCCGGUCUUAUGCUUGUAGUCAUUUAGAAUUUACCUUAGAUUAUUUAUAGAUAGGCAUUGAUAUUAAUCCACCACCCUCUGAUUUUGAACAGAAUCAUAACGAAUUUGUAAAUAAAACACAAAAAAGGCAAAAACGAGCUUUUUGGAUUGGUUGGUUAAUUUAAUAUUUCUUGAUAAAUUUUUAAUCAACAGAUGGAAAUAUGCAUGCUCGUGAAUGGGCAUCUAGCCAUACUGCUUUAUUUAUUAUCAACCAAUUAAUAGCUUCCUAUGGUAAAGACUCCUUUUUAACCAAGGCGCUCGAACAAAUUGACUUUUACAUUGUCCCCUGCGCAAACCCUGAUGGUUUUGAAUUUUCUAGGUCUUCUAUAAACCCUAAAGUUUGUCGGAAAAAAUUUUAAAAAUUUUUUAAAAAAUUAUUUUUCCGAUUCGUUUGUGGAGGAAAAAUCGUUCACCAGAACAAUGCACCAGAACAUGGAAUGGUCUAUUGUGUUGUAGAGGUGUUGAUUUAAAUAGGUUUGGGGGAGCUUAUUGGGCUUGGAUUAGACUCUUAUUUUAUUCAAAUUUAAAGGAAUUUUGAUUUUCAUUGGGCGGAGACUGGCUCCUCUUUAAAUGCUUGUUCCAACCUCUAUUCAGGAAAGAGGGCUUUUAGUGAGCCUGAAUCUAGAGCACUUGCUGAAUUUUUGAGGAAUAAUAAUGAGGAGGAAGGAGAAAGGGUGUUUUAUGCUUUUGUGAGUUUUUUCUAAAAAUAUGAGAUAAGUUGAGGGGGUUUAUAUGGAAGGGGUGAAGGUGUUAUAUAAUGGAUAAAGGAAAGCAACCUUGACCGCUUCCUCACAUAAAAAUGAUUCCAAAGAUAUCCUGCCUCGUAUUCAAGUCGUCUCG